AAAGUGAAAGUGCAUCAGGGUGUUCAGCGACUGGAGGGAGUUAUUCUUGAUUCCGCAGCAGAGUGUGAGACAGACAUGUCAGACGAGUCCAGAAACUAUCAGUCCUUUCCAGACAUGGAGCAGAUAAUAACAGCGACCUGGAGAUUGUUCUUUGUGGUCCUGAGUGGAACCACGAACAACACUCAUGGAGACUUUGUCAGGAUGAUUAAAAACCUCGGACACACUGAGGUCACCGAUCCUGAAGCAUGUGACUACUGUCUGCUCUUCUGUCCCAUCACUUCACGAGUUGGAACCGACGUGGAUUUGUCCCUCAGAAAGAUUCCUGGAAAUAAGCCGACGAUCCUGGUGGUGAUGUAUCACACCUUCGAUCGUGACCACGUCGUACCCGACAGCAGGAGGCUGACGGAGGACCCGCGCGUCAAACUCGCAGUGAGCUGUCUGUUCUAUGAGCAGAAUCUGCUGAGCUCUAACUGCAACGAUACGGCCAAGUAUGAGAUCAGGAAGUUCCUUGGAUUACCUCAGGUGACGACCGGAUUUCCCAAGAUUCCCUUGUCCAUCAGAAGAUACGCGAUUUGGGCCCUGGUCUCUCUGCCUUGCUUCCUGAUCUGGUAUAACCGCCGGGCAUUCGUCUCUCGCUUCAGGAACGUCUUCAAUUACAUGAGAAAAUUCCCGGGUUAUAAUAUUCUAGCGAUAACAAACAUCUGCUGUGGAUCAUCAUCGGUGGAUGCCUGCUGGUAGCUCUGAUUAUUCUGCUAAUCGUUUUCCUGAGACAGAACUAACAUGACGGAGGACAGUGAACACGCAAGACAACACAAAAUCUAAAUAAGGAAUCUAAAAUGUCUUUGAAUCUCAUUAUCACAAUUAGUUAUUCCUAAAGUGAGAAAUCUGAAGUGUAAUGUGUGUGUAGUUGUGAAGGUUCUGGGGCUGAAGAUGGUUACGGGAAAUGUUAUGAUGUAGUUUUUCAUUCAGGAGAGAAAAAUGAAUAACUCCAGUUUGUCUGAUCUGAGCCACAAGGAAGACUUGGCAAUACCACAAGUCAACUGAAAGUGUUAAACUUCAGGCUCACAUCAGCUUUUCCCAGAAGAGCCGCAUUAAUGCCUCAUCUGUGUCAUGUCUGGGAAAGAGAUGGAGUUUUAUGGGAUCAGAUCUGUACAGGGGAAAGUUAUUGCAAGUUGAAAUGUGAGCAGCUUGAAUAUGAGCUUCAAAUCAAGGCGACAGAAAAUGAGCGAGGGAGAAGGAAACUAACUCACUAUAUCUAAAUCAAUGUAAAAGUUCUCUCAAUGUAUAAUGGUAUUAUAGUUUUAACGCAUAUUUUAAGACUCACUUUUUUUGGAAUAAAGAUUUUUGCUGCUUCGUGCUGCUUGAAAUAUUAAGAUCACGUUCGUCAUCGUCAUGUUUGUGCCGCUUGUCUCUGUAACCGCUGAAAACGAAUCAAUAAAAGUCUUGUAAAAUGUU